AUGGCAAAGAGUCUGCGCUCCAAGAUCAAGCGAAAGUUCCGCACAGAGUUGCGCAAGCGCAUUGGUGUACCACACCAGGCAAUUCAGGAGUCAAAAAUCCAAGAAAAUCUCAAGAAGGCCAUUGCUGGUCAAGGUACUGGCAAAUCAGUAGCAAGUUUGAAGAAGCUUAUGGGUGUUUCCGUGCCCGUUUCUCGCGACGAAAUUACUGGAUUGGUGAAGGAACGGACGUCUGUGGAGAUUGAGGCUACUCUGCUGAACGAGGAGACUGACGCUUGUAUGGAGAAGGCCAAGAAGGACAAGAUGAAACACCAGAAGAGGAAAACAAAGUUUGUACAUUUUCAUCAGCUGCGCAAGAAGGGUGUGUAG